AUGAAAAGGCAGAAUCAGAGCUCUGUGGUUGAAUUCAUCCUCUUGGGCUUUUCUAACUAUCCUGAACUUCAAGGGCAGAUCUUCGGGGUUUUCUUGGUGAUUUACCUGGUCACUCUGAUGGGAAAUGCCAUCAUUAUAAUUGUCAUCUCUCUGGAAAAGAGUCUCCAUGUCCCCUUGUACCUAUUUCUCUUGAACUUAUCUGUGUUAGAAGUGGGUUUCAGUGCAAGCACAGUACCUGAGAUGCUGGUGGUCCUCUCCAGGGAAAGAACUACAAUUACUUUUGCAGGCUGCUUUGCCCAGAUGUAUUUCCUUCUUCUUUUUGGUGGGACUGAAUGUUUUCUCCUGGGGGCAAUGGCUUAUGACAGAUAUGCUGCCAUCUGCCAUCCUCUGAGCUACCCAGUGAUUAUGAACAAAAGUGUUUUCACAAAAUUAGUAACAUUCUCAUGGGUUUCCUGGAUCAUGUUGGAUACCGUGCACACCUCAUGGGUUUUCAGUUUUCCCUUUUGUGGCCCCAAUGAAAUUAAUCAUCUCUUCUGUGAGACUCCCCCAGUGCUGGAGCUUGCAUGUGCAGACACUUUCAUUUUUGAAAUCUAUGCGUUCACUGGCACCGUUUUGGUUGUUAUGGUUCCUUUUCUAUUGAUACUCUUGUCUUAUACUCGAAUUCUCUUCGCCAUCCUGAAGAUGCCAUCUAACACUGGGAGGCAGAAGGCCUUUUCCACCUGUGCCUCCCAUCUGACUUCUGUUACCCUUUUCUAUGGCACGGCCAUUAUGACUUAUUCACAGCCCAAGUCUGACUACUCCCCAGACACCAAGAAACUGAUGUCAUUGGCUUACACACUUCUUACUCCUCUGCUGAAUCCGCUUAUCUACAGCUUGCGUAACAGUGAGAUGAAACGAGCUUUCAUGAAAUUGUGGCGAAGAAAAUUUAAUUUACAAACAUUCUGA